UAAUAUUUAAAUCCUGUAAAAUUUCGAUUCACCUCCUCCAUACACUGCUAUUCCAUCCUAUAACCCCCACUUUCCCAGUGGGCCAACAUAUACACAUAGUACCUAUCAAAGCGUACCGCCACCAUUACCCAAUAGACCGCAGUCAGAUACCACCAACACCACAUUAUAUGUUAACAAUAGAACAUCGACCUCUAGCCUACCCCCGAUUGUUGCGAAUAAUAAUGUAAAUUUUAUAAGGACAUCUGAUUACUCAUCUGCCGGUGUAUCAGCCAUGACAUCUGCGUCUUUUACAGCUGUAAGCAACGUUGUACACGUAAACAAUAUAGUGACUCAUGCUAUGAAUGGACCCCAAAAAAUAAAUAUGUACCUAGAAGAAGUUCGAAAACCUACAUCCAAAGAUAAAGGUAAACUUUCUAUUAAUCAGUCCAGCCGAAUGCUUGAACUGAACGAAAGCUGGUCUGGUCGUAAAUGUCAUCUUUCAAACAAGAAUGGGUGUAUAACAGUUCAUGGAUCUUUGGUAUCAAACGGAUCUAUAGAGUUGGAGACAACAAAAGGAGAUAUUACUAUUGAUGGCCACAUGGUUGCGGCCAAAGAUAUCAAGGUUAAAACAAAUCACGGGUUUUUUUCCGUUCUAGGUUCAUCCGUCAUUGCGGAUAAUCUCACAAUUGAAGCAAGUUAUAAACCAUUACAAAUAAGCAGCCAAAUCACAGUAAAGAAAUUAUUGAUCAAUACCAAACAUGCGCCUAUUAUCUUGAAUCGUAUUUCAUUGGCAUCACAUAUGUCUAUCAAAGCAUACAAAGCCCCAGUCGAUGUUUCCAUUCAAGAUAUCACGAGUAGCUCAGCAAAAAUUGAGAUCGAGACAACCAAGGCAGCAGUCAAUGUUUAUUUAUCAAGCAAAUUCUCUGGAAAUUUUGAUAUCAGGUCCAAAAACGGACUUGUAACAGUUAUUAUGGAUAACAGUGCGUUUGGUUCGUUAUUGUUUGAAAACACCAAGGACAAUCACAAAUCAGGAUGCUUUAAGAGUGGGAAGAAAUCAAAGAACACCAUUUAUAUCAGAACCUGUAAUGCUCCUGCUACACUUUAUAUCCAGUAGAUAACAUAUCCACCACCCAAUUUUUUUUCCCUUGAUUAAACGUUUUGCACUAAAUCAGUUACACCAAGCUUUCCGCCAUAGUUUUUAAACAUUUCACUGUGAUUUCCCACAGCCUCUACUUUCAGGAAUAAUCAAUUGAUACGCAGAAAUAGCUGCAUUAAAAGAAUUCAUUAUGAAUUAGAUAGACAAUAAUUUAUAUUGUUGGCCGUAAUAGAACUCCAGGGGACUGUAAGAACGUUCUGUUAUCUCAUGUUUUUUGUUACUACAACAAUGGUCAUUUCUAUUAAGUCAAAUUUGUUCUCCC